UUUAUGCACACAUAAAAAGUUUUAUGUCAUUGUUCGUCUUUUAUUACUUGUGUAUAACCCAAAACGUAAAUUGUUUCUAUUUUUAUUGUCCAAUCAUAUCGGGUUAUAGGAUCACGUGAGCUCUUUCUACCAAUAAAAAUCAUACUCGUUUUGGAAUCCUUACUACGCAGUUGCAUCUUUAUUAUUGUCAUAAAUUUCGACAAAUUCGCUCUUCAGCGAUGAAGCGAACAAGGCAGCGUAAAAAGACGGUCACGUCUACAACCUGCUUAUGUUGCAAGGGGACUACAUCCUCUGGCAAACAACCAAAAAACUCUACACCAGCAGGGCCGACAAUGGAGCCGGCAGCGGACCAACCCAGAGAUGUUCCUAUACCGGCUGUGCCCGACAGCCUGACAUAUGCUCCAGCAGCCACAGGCUCCUCCACACCCUACCCAUCACAGGUCCAGUCGGACAUUCUCUUUCCAACUGCUACGACGAAUCGUCAAUUACCCUUGCCAUUGGACCCAAACGUCGGGCUACACACAGUGCCAUUGGACCCAAACGUCGGCCUACACACAGCCAUGCCCUCUUUUGACAUUGACUCCUCGAGUUCUUCCGAUGAGGACCAGGGUUUCAGCUUUUCCCAGGCACUACAUACACAUGCCAGGGACAUACUACCAGGUACUGGUCACCUCUAUGCAGAGCCAAUAAGUACCCCAAUUUUGAGUCAGGUGAAAAAGUCCAUCUGUAAAGACAUUUUGCGCAACAAAUUUGUUGAAAUGGCAGCUCUGCUCCCUUCAACACUGUCCAGACAGGCCAAUCAAUAUACGUUACAGUUGGACAGUAACUCGCAAAUUUCCAUAACUCCAAAGUCCAACCUGCGAAAAAUAACAACUAUUGAACAGUGGACAACCGCCAUGAUCAGAUUUAUGGCAGUAUAUACUUUUAAGUUCCCCUCUGAAACUCAGGCUUUACUGAAAUACACGGAGAUUGUCCGUGACAUUUCCAGCCGUCGUCCAGGCUCUGCCUUUAUCUUCUACGAUACUCAAUUUCGCCUUCUAAGGGAAUCCAUUCCCCUUCCGUGGAACCGUCUUCACACGGAAUUUUGGUUAAUGGCCUGUACAUCCGUUCCCACCCAACACUCAAGCCCUUCCUUUCGCCCUCAAAGAAACCCCACACGAGCCCCUUACAGACAAUCUUCGUCCUACAAAAAAUAUCUUGAGAACACCUGUUUCAACUACAACAAACGUUCCCUCUGCCACACUCCCUCUUGCCCCAACCCCACACCUGUGGUUAUUGCAGAGGGUCCCACCCAGCAUACGAAUGCUCAUUCCCUUCCAAAGAGCCCGCUGCUAAAGCCGUCUCCACUCCUAGACCCUCUAAACCAGUCAGAUAAAACACCCAUCGUUACCCCAGUUCAAAUUGCCAUUCUUGCCCCUUACUUGUCGGGUUACCACUGGGCCAAUAAUUUGAUGGAUGGUUUCACCUACGGUUUUAAACUUGGUUAUUUGGGUCCACGGGUUCCUUUUUCGGCCCCAAAUCUUAAAUCAUGCAAAGAACAUCCUGAAAUUGUACAUUGCAAACUUCUUGAUGAACUAGACGCUGGUCGGAUUCAGGGUCCUUUUCCUGUCCCUCCCUUAGAUAAUUUUCGUGUCAGUCCAAUUGGUAUUGUGCCCAAAAAAUCUCCAGGACAGUUUAGAUUAAUUCACCAUCUUAGCCAUCAUCCGGGCCAGUCUAUUAAUAAUUUUAUUGAACCAGAUCUCUCUUCUGUUUCUUAUUGCUCAUUCGACGACGCCGUUACCCUCUUGUUGAGUAUUGGCCCGGGUACUCUUUUCAGCAAAACCGACAUUGAUUCGGCUUUCAGGUUAAUACCAAUUCACCACUCUGACCACCAUUUACUCGGCAUUCAAUUUCAGAACAGCUACUAUUACGAUACUUGUCUCCCUAUGGGAGCUUCAUCUUCGUGUGCUAUUUUUGAACGAUUUAGUUCCGCUUUGCAAUUUAUCUCUGUUUCACAUUUGAACAUCCCCCAUAAUAUCUCCGAAUUCAAGACAAUGGCUCCCCACAUGGACCUGCUGCCAACACCCAUCCCAGAGCACCAUUUUACAAUUUGA